CGUCAGAGGCUCGGAGGGGCCGGCAGGGUUGAUCCCGCUCUUGGUGCUACAGGCUGCGGCCAUGGGGGGCCUUAAAGAGGAGCUGCUCAAAGCCAUCUGGCACGCGUUCACGGCGCUCGACCUGGACCGCAGCGGCAAGGUUUCCAAGUCACAGCUCAAGGUCCUUUCCCAUAACUUGUGCACGGUGCUGAAGGUCCCACAUGAUCCUGUAGCCCUUGAAGAGCACUUCAGGGACGAUGAUGAGGGGCCCGUCUCCAAUCAGGGCUACAUGCCAUAUUUAAACAAAUUCAUUUUGGAAAAGGUCCAAGACAACUUUGACAAGAUUGAAUUCAAUAGAAUGUGUUGGACCCUCUGUGUCAAAAAAAACCUCACAAAAAGUCCCCUGUUCAUUACAGAAGAAGAUGCAUUUAAAGUAUGGGUUAUUUUCAACUUUUUAUCUGAAGACAAGUAUCCAUUAAUUAUUGUUCCAGAAGAGAUUGAAUACCUGCUUAAGAAACUUACAGAAGCUAUGGGAGGAGGCUGGCCGCAAGAACAAUUUGAACAUUAUAAAAUCAACUUUGAUGACAAUAAGGAUGGCCUUUCUGUGUGGGAACUUAUUGAACUUAUUGGAAAUGGACAAUUUAGCAAAGGCAUGGAUCGGCAGACAGUCUCCAUGGCAAUUAAUGAAGUCUUUAAUGAACUUAUAUUAGAUGUGUUGAAACAGGGUUAUAUGAUGAAAAAAGGCCAUAGACGGAAAAACUGGACAGAACGCUGGUUUGUGCUAAAACCUAGUAUAAUUUCUUAUUAUGUGAGUGAAGAUCUGAAAGAUAAGAAAGGAGACAUUCUCUUGGAUGAAAACUGCUGUGUGGAGUCCUUACCUGAUAAAGAUGGAAAGAAAUGUCUAUUUCUCAUAAAAUGUUUUGAUAAGACCUUUGAAAUCAGUGCUUCAGAUAAGAAGAAGAAGCAGGAGUGGAUUCAGGCCAUUCAUUCUACUCUCCAUCUGUUGAAGCUGGGCAGCCCCCCACCACACAAAGAAGCCCGCCAGCGUAGGAAAGAACUCCGAAAGAAGCUGCUGGCUGAGCAGGAGGAGCUGGAACGACAGAUGAAGGAGUUGCAGACGGCCAAUGAAAACAAACAACAGGAGCUUGAGACAGUCAGGAAGAAACUGGAAGAAGCAGCAUCUCGUGCAGCUGAAGAAGAAAAGAAACGCCUUCAGACUCAAGUGGAACUACAGGCCAGGUUCAGCACCGAGCUGGAGCGAGAGAAACUUAUCAGACAGCAGAUGGAAGAACAGGUUGCCCAAAAGUCCUCUGAACUGGAACAGUAUUUGCAGCGAGUGCGGGAGCUGGAAGAUAUGUAUGUAAAGCUGCAGGAAGCUCUUGAGGAUGAGAGACAGGCCCGACAAGAUGAAGAGACAGUGCGGAAGCUUCAGGCCAGGCUAUUGGAAGAAGAGUCUUGCAAGAGGGCUGAACUGGAAAAGUGGCAUUUGGAGCAGCAGCAGGCCAUUCAAACAACAGAGGCGGAGAAGCAGGAGUUGGAGAAUCAGCGUGUUAUGAAAGAGCAGGCCCUUCAGGAAGCCAUGCGACAGCUGGAACAGCUGGAGUUAGAACGGAAACAAGCGCUUGAGCAGUAUGAGGGAGUUAAAAAGAAGUUGGAGAUGGCAACUAAUAAGACCAAAAGCUGGAAGGAUAAAGUGGCCCAGCAUGAAGGAUUAAUUCGAUUGAUAGAACCAGGUUCAAAAAAUCCUCACCUGAUCACUAACUGGGGCCCUGCAGCUUUCACAGAGGCAGAACUUGAAGAGAGAGAGAGGAACUGGAAAGGAAAAAAGACUACGGAGUAACAGUGUCUGGCAGAAGUAGCAUCAGUUGUAGAUUCCAAGUAUAGCCAGAGAGCUUUAUGCUAAAGACAAAAGAAACUGGCUUUGCUGCUUCUAACUCUUCUUUCGGUGUCUGCCGUUGGGUCAAUAUUCAAAGGAUAUCUUAUUUAUCUUCUUGCAAAUCAGGGUUUACCUGAAAAGAAAAUAAGUGACAUUGUCAAGCUCUUUACGCUUUCUUUAAAAACUUUAGCUACUGAAAAUUUUUCUUUAGCUCUCUCAGAUUCUUGUGGGAUCGAGGCUGGGUACACAAGGUGCAGUCUGCAACAUCAUCUACAGUGUUUGGAAAGGAGCAAGAGGUACUCAGGAUCAUGGGAUAAUCAGAGCCUCUUCUUCCUUCUCCAAGUUUCUAGACUAGAUUGGCCAGCCUACUUGCCAUUCCAUGCCGGUUGACCUUUGGCUUUUGCUGCUCUGAUAGAGAAGCUACGAGCAGCAGGUGGACCUUACCUGGACUCUGCUGUUGGUUGUGCAGGAGCUGUCUGUUUCACACAGUGUUCCUGAUUUGCAUGCUUGCUGCAGUGGCACUGUGUGGGAGACAACAACACUUGCAGUGAAUUGCUUUGGCUAGUAUAUGUGUUUGUGACUCAGAGCUCAAGAAGUAAAUCUAGUAAAUCCCAUUUGGAAUGAUAUUUGAUACUAACUGAACUUCUAAUAUUUAAAAUGGUUUCAACUGUCAAAGUGCAGACGCACCUCUUGGUUUUACUUUUGUAGUUACUGUACAGAAAAUUUCAGGAAUGUAUGAAUGCUUGUGGUAAUCAGGCCUUUUUCUUAAUAAAUAGGGAUAUGAUCAUUUAUAGAAAUCAUACACGAAAAAAGUUUUUAAAAUGUAUUUUUGUGAUGUGCUAUAUUGAGAGGGAACAAAAUAUUUAUAAUUUUCAAGCAUCCUUAUCUAAAUAUUAUACAAUGUAAUA